AUGCUGGUGUUGAUGUUGAAAGUAGUGGAAUGCAAAGAGAAGUCGACUGGAGCUAAGCGUGCGCUGAAGGUGCUACAUGACAACACGAAGGCUAGACGCGAGGUGGAGCUGCAUUGGAGAGCUCGAGGCUGUAUUCAUAUUGUACAGGUUAUAGACGUGUACGAGAACUCGUAUGGAGGCCGUGGCUGUCUCCUGGUCGUUAUGGAAUGCAUGGACGGAGGGGAGCUUUUCCAGAGAAUACAGGAUAACAGAGAAGGAGCGUUCACUGAACGACAGGCUGCUGAAAUAAUGCACUCAAUUUGCGUAGCAGUUCGUCACCUCCACGACUCAAACAUUGCUCACCGGGACAUCAAACCAGAGAACUUGCUGUACUCCAGCACCCAACCCAAUGCUGUACUUAAACUCACCGACUUUGGUUUCGCUAAAGAAACCUUGACUCCUGCUGAUACCCUGCAGACGCCGUGCUAUACUCCUUACUAUGUCGCUCCUGAGGUCCUAGGCCCAGAGAAAUACGACAAGUCCUGCGACAUCUGGUCUCUUGGAGUGGUGAUGUAUAUUCUUCUAUGUGGCUUCCCACCAUUCUACUCCAACCAUGGACUUGCUAUAUCUCCAGGGAUGAAAAAGGCGCGCGCGGAACGCUCGGCGCCGUACGCUCAGGUCUGUUUCUGGUCGGACGGGGAGCCACCCAUGCUCGCCGUCCGCAGGCCCGCGCUUACGCGUAUCAGACUAGGGCAGUAUGACUUCCCUGAGCCGGAGUGGUCCAACGUGUCUGCUGAGGCUAAGAAUCUCAUCCGAGGCAUGCUGUCUGUCGACCCCGCUAAACGAUUGACUAUUCAACAAGUAAUGUCAAGCCCAUGGAUCCGUCAGUUCACUCAAGUCCCACAAACGCCUCUGUACACCCACACUUUACUCCGCGAGAGUGGAGAGGUCUGGGCAGAUGUCCAGGAUGAGAUGACUCGCUCCCUCGCCACCAUGCGCGUGGAUUACGAUCAGGUACAAAUCAAAGCGUUGGAACAAAGCAAUAAUUCCCUACUGAACAAGCGAAGAAACAAAGUGGGCGCCUGAUGCUCCUGCCGACACCGUACCGAUACGCGGCGUGAAUAUAUCAAAUGAACACUAGUGAAUUAUCCAAACUAUUUCAUCGUAAAAGUGAUAUGUUAAAACAUAUGUGUGUAUUUCUUCUUCUUCGCACCUAAUUGUAGGACAGCGCCAUCUAGCUUGUGAAAGUGGAACUCUUUUUCGGUGUAGUAUUUUCGCACUUUGUUUUUUUUAUUCUUUUUUUUUCGGUUGUAGAAAUGUAGAAUAGAGUUAGAAACGUAUGUUUUUAUGUCCGUAAGAAGCGCGUGAUUACAGUAUUUCGGUGUUUUCAUGGUUACUACUGCUGUAGAUCAUGGUUCACAGAAGUUGUUGCGAUUUGGUAUAAUUAUAUAAGCUGAC